CAAAAAAACACAUAUACAUUGUAUAUGCGUGUUUUACGAAUUUACGAUAUGUCGAUAUAAAUACCGCGUAUCAAAUCUCGCUGCGAAGAUAAAUGUAUUUAUUUCCAUAAUAAUAAAAAUACUCCACAAAUAAAAUUAAAAAAUAAACAUUAAAUUUUAUAAUAAUAAAUAAACAAAAUAUCAUUGUGUAAAAUUGUGUGUUGUAAAAUAAUAAAGAAAAAAAAGUAAAAUAAACAUUUUCCAAAAAAAAAAAAAAAUAAAAAAUCAUCAAAGAUGCUUGAAAAUAAAAGAAAAAAAAAAAAAGAGAAAGGGUCAGAGGUGUGGUGAUAUUAUUGUUGAUUAAUUACACCAAUGUGUAAAAAACUAAAACCACUAAAAAUUUAAAUUAUCUAAUUAACAAUAAAAGUGACAUUUUAAACUUCAAAAAAAUUUAGCCUUCAUUUUUUGGCGUCUUUUUUUUUUUUUCUCUACGUGUGUGUUAAUUUCAAUGGAUUAUCAACGAUGAAUAUUUAUUAAAAAUUAUGUGUUUAAAUAAAUAAACAAUGUACAGCAUUAUAAUAAAAAAAAAAAAGAAAAAAUAAUGCUCCAAAAAGAAAGUAUAUGUGUCAUUUAAAUGAAUGAAAAUAAAAAAUCAUCAAAAUAGUUGAAUUAUUAUCAACUAGACUUGGACUUUCUACACACGCGUCAAUUUGUGUGUUAUUUUUAAUAAAUGCAUUUGUGUGUUUAUAUAUGAACACGAGUAUAUAUAUUUAGUAUAUAUAUACAUAAUUUUUUUUUUUUGUAGUUGUGUUGUGGGUCUGCGUAUAUGCAUAACGGCCGUCAAAAGCGGUAGGAAAAAUGGCGGAUAACGAAGCCUCCUGCGUGAGUGACCCGAAUUUUGCUGUGAUUUGUUCGUUUUUAGAAUGUUUUGGAAAACAAUGUGGUAUUGUUUAUCCGGAUAUUGCUGAUUUACAAAAAAUGCUUGAAAAUACACAAGAAGUAUCACAACAAUUGAUUGAUUUACAUAUAAAAUUAUUACGAAAAACAAGAAAAUCAGUAUCAGCAGAAAAAUGGGAACGUGCAUUGGUUAAAUUUUGUCAUACAUAUUCAAAUCAGGAUGGCUGGGAAUUGGAAAGAUUUGGUUACAAAAAAAUAAAAAUAAAUAUUAAAUUACGAUUAUUAAAGGUGCUUUUAGAGUCACAAUUUGAUUUAAAUCAAAGAUUUAAAAAUGAAGUUAAUAAACUAUCAGCAAAUGAACUUCGUCUAGAGCCAAUUGGACGUGAUAAAAAUGGUUUAGCAUAUUGGUUUCAGCUAGAUGAUGAUUGUAAUGUUAGAAUAUAUCGUGAAGAUUUAGAUGAAGAGAGUUGGACAUUAGUUGCCAAGGAUCGUGAUAGUGUAGUUGAUCUUAUUUCAACUUUAUCAGAUGGUAAAACUCCUUCAAUAUUAUUAAAUGAAGAAGAUAGUAAUGGUUUGGAAAUAACAGAUGAACCAGUUAUUGAUACUGGUCAAGAAAAAAUACAUGACAAUGAUAUUUCAAAUGAUAAUGAUAAACAAAACAACAAGAUUAACAGUGUAGAAAAUAUAAAUGAUAAUAAAGCUUCUAAAAAAUCAGUAAAUAAUACUGAUAAAGAUGAUAAAGAUGAUGAUGAUGAAGAUGAGGAAGAAGAAGAAGAAGAUGAUGAGGAAGAAGAAGAUGAUGAUGAAAAAGAAGAAGAAAAAAUUGAUGUUAAAGUAACGAAAGAAUUAUCAUCAAAUAAAGAUAAUAAAUUACAAAAAGAUUCAAGUAAUCAAAAUAAUAAUAUUAAAACAGAAGAAACACCAAAAAUACAAAUGACAAAAACAUGUGAAAAUAUUAAUCAACGACCAAAUAUAUUUAAAAAUACAACAGAUGAAGAAAAAAAAUUAUUAACAAUUGAAAAAGAUAAUAAUAAUAAAAAAUCAGCAUCAGUUAUAAAAUUAAAUGAAACAAUUCCAUUAAAAUCCAUUGAAACACCAGUUAUAACAGCACCAUUAAAAUUGGUUAAUAUUAAUAAUGAAAUAAAACAACAUACAAUUAAAGAUAAAUUAUCAGAUACAACAAUUAUUCCAGUACCAAUGACAAAUACAAUAUUAGAUGAUACAAAAAUUUAUGAUAAAUCUACAAGAAAUUUACAACAACAACAACAACAUUCAUAUCCAUUAAAUCAUGCUAAUAAAUUUCCAAUAAAACCAAUUGAUAAAUUAGCUGCAAAUUUAGCUGUAAGAAUACAAUCAGAAAAAUUAGAAAAACCAAGUAUAUCUAAACUUGAAAAAAUAGCUGAAAAUUUAGCAAAAUCAAAUAGUGCACAUGGUACAAUAUCAAAUACAAUUGAUGAUAAACAUAUAUCACAAGAUUAUCAUUCAAGAAGUAGAGGUAUUGAUUUAUCAACAUCACCAAGAAGUUGGGAAAUACCAAAUGAUAAUAAUAGACCUGUUGAUUUUUCACGUAUUGAUAUGACAAAUCGUAAAUCAACAAAACCAAUUGAAUUAACAGCACCAUAUAGACAACAACAAGAUUUUCAACAUCGUGAAAUGGAUUUAAGUACUAAAAAACCAACAAAUAUAUCAUAUGAACAACCAAGAUCAUCAAUGAUUAGAAAUAAUCAUGCAACAAUGAUUGCUGAUUUAAGUAAACGUCAACAAAUAUCAUAUAAUACAAGUGGCUAUGAUUUAGCAUCAAGUGCUUAUCAAAAUACUGGACGUAUUAGUAAUAAAGAUGAGCAUAGAUUACCAAAUUAUUCAAUACUAUCUGAUCCAAGUAAAAUAUCUUUGAUGCGUAUGCCAGUUGUUAAAAGAACAACUGAUAUUGAUGAAUCACAAGAAGUAUUAAAAAGAUUACGUACUGAUAUAAUGCCAGUUAGAAAUAUUGGACAUAUUGAUAAAAGAACAACAUUACCAUAUCGUUCAACUACAAAUUCAACAACUGCUAUACGUGAUGAUAUUGGUAGUGCUAUUGAAGAACCACUUAUGAUUAUACAAGGACAAGGUUCUGGUAGUGAUUGUGAUGCUGGUAAUCCAGAAUUUUCUGAUGCUAUUGAAGAACCAGUUUUAUAUAUUUAUGGUAAUGGUGCUGGUUAUGAAUGUGAUACUGGUAAUCCUGGUGAUGAAACAUCAAGUGAUAAUAAUGAUAGUAAUAAAUCAAAUAAUAAUAAUGAUGAACAAUCAAAUGUUGUUGUUGCUACUGCUGCUGCUACUGCUGCUGCUGCUGGUGGUGGUGAUGGUGCUACUACACAAACAAAAUUAAAUGAUGAAAAUUUAGAAUUAUCAUCUAAUAAUAAUAAUAACUUGACAACAAAUAAUGAUAGUGAAUCACCUAAAGAAAAAUUUAAACCAACACUUGGUGUACAAAUAUUUUCAAAAAAUUCUUGUUCACCAGUUAAAAGAUCAUCAUCACGUUGGGAUGUUAAAGAAGCUGAUGAAUUAAAUUUAUCAAAAAAUCAAGACAUAUCAAUGGCUAAAAAAUUUAUUGAUUUUGAUGAAAAUGAUAAAGCUAAUAAUUGUGGAGAAGGAUCAAAUAGUACAAGUAUAUUAAAUCAAAAUUUAUCAAUGAAUGUAGAAUCAUCUAGUGAAGCUCCAAAAUUUUUUUUCGGUCCAAAUUGUAUUGCUUUUACAUCGCAUGAUAAAAAAAAUGAAAGCAAAAAUAUUGAUGAUGAUAAAAAAAUGGAAAUUAAUUGUGUUGUUGAAAAAACAGUUGAUGAAGUUAAAUUAAAAAUUAAUGAUAGUGAAAUUAUUGAAGAUACUGUACAAAUUAAAUCUUCAAGUGAUGAAAAAAUUGAUAUGGAUGUUAGUAAGGAUAAAGAAUCAAGUGUUGUUGAUGAUGAUACACAAAAAGAAUUACCGGAUAAUUUAAAUUCUUCUGUAUCAAAUGAUAAAGCAAUAAUUCCUGAUGAUAUUUCUGAAACUGAUAAAGUUAUUUUACAAGAGGAAUCAAUUGUAUCUCAUUCUAAUGAUGAAAAAACAAGUGAUAAAAUAAUAAAUACAACAGAAGAAAUUGUUGAAUCGACAUUAAGUUGUUUAACAGUUGAAGAGAAAAAUUGUGAUCUUGUUGAAAAUAAAUCAAAUGAUAAAGUUGAAAAAAAUAUAGAACAAUUAAAUGAUAAUAAUAAAGAAGAGAUAAAAGAAAAUAAAAAUAUAGUAGAAGAAAAUAUAGAAUGUAUAGAAAAUGUAAAAACUGAAGAAGUAAAAAAUCAAAAUGAAAAAGAUUCUUUAGAAAUUACUGAAAAUGUUAAAGAGCCAGAAUUAGAUUUAAAAAUUUCAAGUUCUAAAGAAUCUGAAGUUAUUUUAAUGCCUGAAAUAACAAAAAUUGUUACUGAUGUUUCUCAACUUCCUGAAGAAUCUUUAAAUAUAAAAGAUGAUGAAGAAACUGCUUUAGAAAUGUCUGUAGAUGAAUCAUCAGUACAUCAAGAUUCAAGUGUAAAAGAAGAAGAGAAAACUACUGAACAAAUAUCUGAAGAACAAACAAAAAUAAUAGAACAACAACAAGAAUUAAAUACAGAAAAUAAAGAAAAAGUUACUUUAGAAAUGUCAAUAGAUAAAUCGAUAAUACAAGAAGAAAGUAAAAUAAUUCCAUCAAUUAUUUCAGCAUCAACUGUUGAUGAAAGUGUUGAAGCUGAAAAAAUAUCAAAACCAAUUGUGAUAAAUACUGAAAAUAAAAUGGAAAUUAAUUUAUCAAAUUUAGUUUCAGUUAAUGAAAAUUUGAGUGAACCAAAUGUACCACAAGAUAAAAUAUCUGAUGAUGUUUCUAUGGAUAUUGAAAUGAAAUCAACAGCUGAAACAUUGGAAUCAUCUUCAAAAGUUGAAAUAGAAGCUAAAGAUAAUCAAGUGUCUUUAGAAAUUGAAGAAAAUAGUUCUGUAAAAAAAUUAAUUUCUGUAUUUGAAAGUAAAGCUUCAGCUAGUUUACAAGAUAAUCAAGGUGAAGCUGUAAUUUGUCCUAAAAAAAUUGAAGAUGAAAUUUUAAUUAAUCCAGCAGAAAAUCAAGCUUCAAUUUGUUCUGAAAAAAUUAUAGAUGAAUUUCCAGUUUGUCCGAAUAAAACUCAAGACAAUAUUUUAAUUUGUCCAAAAAAAUCUGAAGAUGAAGCUUUAAUUUAUCCUGAAGAAAUUAAAGAUGAAGUUUCAAUUUGUCCGAGUGAAUCUCAAGAUGAUAUUCCAGUUGAAAAAAUUCCAGACCAAGCUUUAAUUUGUUCUAAAGAAAUUCAAGAUGAAGCUCCAACUAGUUCUCAAGAAAUUCAUGAUGAAGCUCCAACUAGCUCUGAAGAUAUUCAAGAUGAUGGUCCAGCUAGUUCUCAAGAAAUAAAAGACAAAGUUGUUCCACCUUGUUUGCAAGAAACUAAAGAUGAAGCUUCACCUUGUCUUGAAAAAAUUGAAGAUGAAUCUGUCACUUGUGAUACAAAAAACAACGACAAUAAUUCCACUGAAAUUACAGCAGAACAAUUGGAAUCUUCAGAUGAAUUAAAAGAUAUUUCUAAUGAAAAAGAUCAAGAUUUAUCACGGCAGCCAACAAGUACAAGUGUAAUUAUAACUGAAGAAGAAGAAAAAAAUAAUAAAUCAAUUGUUUCAAUGACUGACACAAAAAUAAUUGAAAAUAAUCAACCAACGAUAUCCAAUGAAUCAUCUCAAGAUGACAAAAAUGAUGAUAAAAAUAUAAAACCUUUACUGGUAGCUAAUUAUACAAGUGAUGAAUCUAAUGAGGUAGAUAGUGAUACUAUUUAUCAUGAUGACAAUGAUGACAAAGUUGUAAUUAAAGAUUCAAAGUCUGAUGAUGAAAUAGUACAAAAAAAUGAGACUGUAUCUACAACAACACCAACAACAACAACAACAAAAGUAUUACAAGUUUUAGAAGAAAUAAAUACCGAUAACAAUAUGGCUGCUAAAUCAAGUGAAGAUAUUGUUGAAAAUAUUAAAAUGGAUAAAGAUAAUAAAUUAAUUGAAGAAGAAAAAAAUCAAUCUGAGGUAUUAAAAAUUACUAUUGAGAGUACAGAGACUGGAACAUCACAGAGUGAAGAAAACUUUGAUAUGAAAAAUAAAAAUAUAAAUAAUGAAUGUAAUAAAAUUUUAGAUAAUAUACCAAGUGAAAAAAUAGAUGUAAAAAAUAUUGAGAAUGAAGAAUAUAAUAUAAACAAGUCAAUGGACUUGAUAGAAACUGUUGAAAAUAUUGAAUGUCAUCCAGUGAAAAAUAAAGACAUUGAUAUUAUUCAACAGAAUAAAAUUGGUGAAAAUAUUACAAGUGAUGCAGUUUGUGUUAAUAAAAAUAAUGAUGAUGAAUCUAUAAAAGUUGAACAAGUAGCUGAAAUUAAAUUAGACAACGUAGAGAAAAAUAUUGAAGCUGAAAAAGAAAAUACUGAAGCUACAAGUGAAGUAACAUUAGAAGAAAAUAUUGAAGGUAAAAAAGUAGAAGAAGAUGUUAAAAAAAUAGAUGAAGGCAUUGAAUCUGUACCGGAUAAAAUAAUUGAUGAUAUUAAAAUUAAUUUAACUGAUGAAUCAAAAGUUAUUGCAACGUCAAGUACAGAAAAUAUUGAUAUUUCAUUGUCUACCAUCAAAGAGACUAUUGAAGUUGAGCCAAUAAAAAUAUCAAAUACAAUUGAUAAUAUUAAUAUGACUGAAAAUCCAUUGGAAAAUUGUGAAGCCAAUGUAAUUGAAUCAACUGAAAUUGAAAAAAGUAUUGAAACUCAGCCGACUGAGUUAAUAAAAGAUAGUGAAAUUUUACAAAUAGAAACAACAGAAAAUAAAAUUGAAUCUGUAUCUGUUGUUUCACCAAUAGCAGCUACAAAAAAUGAUGAAAUUUCUUCACUUGAAAUUGUAAAAAAUAUUGAAUCAUCAUCUGUAAUAGAAAAUACUGAGUCUUCAGUUGUUUUAUCAUCAUCAGUGUCAACGACAAUUACUACAGAAUCAUCAUCAGUAGAAAUUGUAAAAAAUAUUGAAACCAUUCCAAUUGAAAGCACAAAAAAUAUUGAAUCAUCAUCAGAAAUUUUAUCAACAGAUCCAACAAGUAAUAUAGAAUCUUCAUCUUUAAAAUUAGAAAUUGUAAAACAAAUUGAAUCGUCUGAUCCAGUUGAAGAAACAAAAAUUAUUGAAUCAUCCCUAUCAUCAGAUGUUUCAUCAGUACCAGCUACAGAAAUUACAGAAUCUUCAACAAUGGAAAUUGUAAAACCAAUUGAAUCAUGUCCAGUUGAAGAAACAAAAGAUAUUGAAUCUUCAUCAUCAGUUGUUCCAUCAGUACCAGCUACAGAAUCUUCAACAAUAGAAAUUGUUAAAAAUAUUGAAUCAGGUCCAGUUGAAGAAACAAAAGAUAUUGAAUCUUCAUCAUCAGUUGUUUCAUCAGUACCAGCUACAGAAUCUUCAACAAUAGAAAUUGUUAAAAAUAUUGAAUCAGGUCCAGUUGAAGAAACAAAAGAUAUUGAAUCUUUAUCAUCAGUUGUUCCAUCUGUACCAGCUACAGAAACUGCAGAAUCUUCAACACUGGAUAUUGUAAAAAAUAUCCAACCAGAUACAGUUGAAGAAACAAAAAAUAUUGAAAUUAAAUCAAUAAUAAAUAUUGAAUCAAAAAAAAUAGAAACAAUAGAAGAAAAUUUUGAUAAUAAAAUUGAAGAAGUUCCUAAAAUCGAAACAACAAAAUUGGAAGAAAUAAUUCCAAGUCUUGAAAAUACUGAAUCUCUUGAAGCUGAAAAAUUAAUAUUAGAAAAACAAAAAACAGCUGAAAUUAAUGAAAAUAAAAAAGAAAUAAAUGCACUUGAUAAUGAAAGUUCUUGUGAAAUAUUAAAAACAAAAAACAUUUUUGAUGAAGAAUCAAAUGAUGACAUUAAUGAUGCAUUUGAUGAACAAAAAGAUGAAUCACCAUUUGAAGUUGCUGAUCAUGAUAUUGAUAAAAUAUCAAAAAUAUUAAAUGACGAAAAUUCAUCAGAUGAUCCAAUUGUCAAAAUUGAUAAUAUAAAAUUUGAAAAAACUGAGCCACAAAUAUCCAAAGAAUCUACAAUAACAUCUGAUAAAAAAAUUGUUAUUGAAGAUAAUAAUACAAAAGCAAGUUCAACAGUAAUAUUAGAAAAAGUUGAAGAUAUUUGUCAUAAAAAAAAUGAUGAAGAAAUUAAAAAAAUAACUGAAAAUUUGGAUAUACAUGUUAAAGAAUAUCCAGAAAAACAUUUACGUGAUCCUGGUGAUACUGGUGAAAUUGUACAAGUAUCAAAACGUCCAAGAACUGAUAUUAAUGAAUAUCAAGAUACAAAAAUACAACCACCUUUGACAAAUGAUUCUUUAAAAAGUGAAAAAUUAUUUGUUAAGUCAGAAAUUGAAUCAAUUGAAUCAAUUAAAAAUUUAGAUUCCAUUAAAAAUGAUAAUUUAAUUGUAACAAAAUUGGAUGUAAAAGAUACCAAUGAAUGUUUCAAGACAACUAAUGAUUUUUCUGGUAUUACAAAUGAAUUUGAUAAAAAAAAUAUAUCAAUUGUUGCAUCAAGUAUUGAACAACAACCACCACCACAACAACAGUUUGAAACAUUAAUUAAAAAAGAAGCAAGUAAAAGAUUACAUCAAAAAGAAAUUGAUUCUGAUGAAUUUCCACCAAUGAAAUCAAAACCAAGCAGUGCAACUCAGUUAAAAGAUGAUGUGGUGCUGACAAAUGAUGUUAAAACAUUUGAAAAUUUAAAUAAACCAUUACACCAACAAAUAAUACCAAGUGAAAAAAUAGAUAGUGAAUUGAAAGCUGAAAAAAUUGAUGAUAUAUUUACAAAUAAUUAUGAUAAAAUAAAUGAUGAUUCAUUAAAAUCAACAAGUGAUUUAAAAAUAUGUGAAAAAUCAACAACAAUUGAUGAUCAAGAUUCUGAUGUAUCUGAAGGUAUUGAUAAUGAAUGUAUGUUUGAAGCACCAAUAAAUAAUAUUGAUUCACCAAAAAUAAAUGAUAAUAAUGAUUUGACAACAAAUAAUCUUGAAAAUACAGAUCCAAAAUUAGGUAUAUGUAUGAAAACAGUUGAAGAUUGGAAAAUUGAUCAAAUUGAUACAACAUUACCUAUACAAAAAGUAUCACGUAAACGUCGUAAUAGUGGAAAUGAUUCAAAUUCAGAUGAUGGUAUUACAAGACACAAUGAUGAUGAAGAUACUGGUGGUAAAAGAAUUAAAUUACGUGGUAAAAGAAGUCCAGAUAUGGAACUUCGUAGAUCUGUUGAAAAAAGUAGAAUUGAUGUUACAAGUUCUGGUGAAGAAGAUUCAAUAAUAAAACAACAAUCAUCAUCAACAUUAAUAACUCAACAAGUACAAGAAGCAAAUGUCAAUGAUACUGUUGUUGCUCCUGGUAUUGUUGCUCCUACUGCUGAUGUUGUUGAUGAUGAUGCUGAUGAUAAUAAAAAUACAGAAAUUCAAUUAAAACCAAAAGGUAAAACAAAAGGUAGAAAACGUCGUGGUAUUAAAACUAAAAAACCUAAAAAUAAUAAUAAAAAAAUAGAUGUAAAUACAACAAAUAAUGAUGAUAAUGAAACGUCAAUAAAAUUAUCAGAUAAUAUAACAACAACAACACCAAAUGAAACAACAAAAAAACGUAAAAAAAGAAAAAUGGUACUUGGUCUUGAAAUUGGUAUUGAUAUUGUUGUUAAUGAUGGACAACAAUCAACAACUGGUGAAAUUGAUGAAACACCAGUACGACAAUCAAGAAGAAUAGCACAACAAAAAAUUAAAGAAGAAGCUGAUCGUCGUCGUAUUGAAGAAGAAACAUAUGAUGGUACUAAAGAUAAAAAUGGAGGUUCAGAAAAAAAAAAGAGAAAAAAAGAUAAACAAGAUAAUGAUAAUUAUAAUAAUGAUGAUGAUGGAGAUGACGAUGAUGAUGAUGAUGAUGAAGUUGUUAUUAAAGAAAAUGAAAAACAAAAUAAAAAAGAUAAAAAAAAACGUAAGAAAAAAAAGAAAAAAGAUAAAUUUAAUGAAGCUAAACCAUGGCAAAGUUCAUCAGGUACAAGUAGUGAUGAUAAUAAUCAAAAUGAUGAAGAAGAUUUUGAGGAUGAUAUUGAAAGUGAAGGUUCAUUAUUAUUUAAAAGUGAUCAUGAAUUUUCACCCGAGAGUGAUCUUGAAAAAGAUGAAAUUGAACCAAUGAGACGUGCUAGAACAGCUGAAAAAUCACAAAUACGUAUUGAUGAAGAAUCAAUUGAUGAAUAUGCAUGUCAAAAAUGUGGUAAAAUUGAUCAUCCAGAAUGGAUUUUACUUUGUGAUACAUGUGACAAAGGUUGGCAUUGUUCAUGUUUACGUCCAGCACUUAUGUUAAUACCAGAAGGUGAUUGGUAUUGUCCACCAUGUCAACAUAAUUUAUUAGUUAAUAAAUUACGUGAUACAUUAAAAAUAUAUGAACAAAAUUCUAAAAAACAUGAAAAUGAAAUGUUACGUAAAAAAAGAUUAGCAUUUGUUGGUAUUAGUUUGGAUAAUGUAUUAUCUAAAAAUGAAUCACAUCGUAAUGCUGGACAUAAAUCACAAACUUCAAGUGAUGAAACUGAUGAUGACGAUGAUGAUGAUGAUGAUGAUAAAAGUUCUGGUAAAAAUAAAAAUAAAAAUAGUAAUACAGAUAAUGAUGGUUCAUCAUCAUCGUCAUCAUCAUCUGAAUCUGGUAGUACAACAUCAUCAUCAUCAUCAAGUAGUGAAGAAAGUGAGCCUGUUUAUCAAUUACGUGAACGUCGUUGUGCAAAUACAUCAUAUAAAUUUAAUGCAUAUGAUGAUAUGAUUAAUGCUGCAAUAAGAGAUGAAGUUGAAGCUGUACAAGGUGCUGGUAAUCAAGGAAGAGGUAAAGAUAUAUCAACAAUUGUUAAUGCUGAAAAUGAUGAAACAAAAAAUAAUGAAUUUGGUAAAAAAAUUAAUACUAAUGAUGAUGAUAAUAAUGAUAAUGAUGAUGAAGAUAAUAAUGAGGGAGAUAAACAGUCUGAUAAAGAAAGUGAUAAAGAAUAUCAAGUUGAUGAUGAUGAAGAUGAUGAUGAUGAGGAUGAUAAUAAUGUUAAACAAAAAUCAAAACAAAAAAUUGUCGUUAAAAAACCUUUGUCACGUAAAAAACAUCGUAAACUUAAUAGUCUUGAUAUUAGUAGUGAAGAUGAUCCAGAAUCUGAUGAAGAUUUUAAAGGUUCUGAUAGUGAUGAAGAGGAAGAUGAUUAUGAUCAAAUUUUAUCUUCUGAUGAUUCAUAUGUUACAUCAUCAAAACGUAGAGGUGGUAAACGUGGUAGUGGUGGUGGUGAUGCACGUGCUGUACGACGUUCAACAAGAGCAGCUAGAAAAACUCGUUAUGAUGAAGAUUUUAUUGAUGAUGAUAGUGAUGAUAGUAGUAAACCAAAACGUAAAUCAUCAAAAUCAGCAUGGAAAGAAGAUCUACCAGAUAGUGAUGACAGUGAAAAUUCAUGGCGUUCAACUAAAAAGAAAACUAAAUCAUCAUCAAUAGCAAAAUCACGUUCAUCAAUUAAAACAAAAGGUAAAAAAAAGAAAAAAAGAAAACGUAUUAUACAACAAGAAGAAUCAGAUAAUCCAAGUGAUAAUGAAAUAAAUGAGCCUGAUCAAAAAAUAGCAAAUUUAGAAAUUAAAAAAGAUACAAAACAACAAACUGAAAUUUAUCAAACUGAAAUUAUAAAUACAAAUUUAGUUGAACAAAAAGAAAAAGAAAAAGAAAUAGAAAAACAAGAAGAACAACAAGAAGAAGAAGAUGAAGAAAAAGUAGCAGAAGAAGAAGAAGAAGAAGAAGAGGAAGAAGAAAAAAUAGAAGAAAAUAAAUAUGAAGAAAAAACAGAAAUUCCUUUGCCAAUUAAAACAUGUUUAAAUCAAGAAAUUAUUAAUAAUGAAAUUAAAAUUCCAAUUGAUGAAUAUCAACAAGUUUCAGUUAUUGAAGAGCCAAUACCAUCAAUACCAAUGCAAAAUAUUUUAGAGACAAGAUAUCCUGAACAGCAAGUAAUACAACAAUUGUCUCAUGUACCAUCACCAUCAUUACCAUUACCAUUACCAAUUAAUGAAUCUCAAUUUCAUCCUCAAUUGCCAUCACUAUUUCAUCCACAAUUUCAACCUCAUUCUCAACUUCCACCUCAACCUCAACUACCACCUCAACUUCAGCCUCAACCUCAGCUUCAACCUCAAUCACUUCUACAAUCUCAACCACUAUUACAAUCACAACCACUACUGCAACCUCAACUUCAUCUUCAACAUCAUAUAUCUCAAGAAAUUCCUGAGCUAACAUCUUCUUCUUCACCACAAUUUAAUACAGAAAUAACACCAGAAAAUAAAAAAGAACGAAAGAAACGACAAUCUGGUAUACGUCGUAAAAUAAUAUACGGUGGUCUUAGUGAAGAUAAAUCACAAGAUGGUGAAGAACCAAUGGGUAGACGUACACGUGGACGUAAAAUUAAUUAUCAAGUUGAUGCAAUAAUGUCUGAUAGUGAAGAAGAACUUAAAAAAGCAUUGAGAAAAACUGAAAGUGAAGAUGAAUUUGUAAUGGAUACUGGUGAAGGAACUGAAAUUAAUCAAGAUGAACAAGAAAAAGAUUCUGAUUCUGGUGAUAUUUAUUCACCUCAAAAAGGUGUAUUAGCUAAACAUAAAUCACCUAAAAAUCGACGUAUUAAAAAGAGUCCAGGUAUUAAAAAAUCUGAUAGUGAUAAUGGUGAACCAAAACAACGUAAAAAACCAGGACCAAAACCAGGAAGUAAAAAUAAACCACGUCAAUCAAAAACUUCAAUAUCAUUAGAGGGCAGUGUUAUUAGUGAUGUACCUGAAGGUUCAUUAACUGGUUUAGGUACAAGUGAAUUAAGUGAAUUUGAUGAUGAACAUAUUGAACAAAUGAUGAUGGAAGAUGAAGAAUAUGGAAGACGUCAACUUGAACUUGCUGCAAUUGAAAUUGCAAAAAAUAAAAAAAAAGAAGAAAAAGAAGCUAAAAAAUUAGAAUUAGCAAGAUUAAAAGCAUUAGAAAUACUUGCAGCUGAACAACAACAGCAACAACAACAACAAUUAUUAUUAUUACAACAACAACAACAGCAACAACAAUUACAAUUACAACAACAGCAACAACAACAACCACCACAAUCACAACAACAGCCAAGAGAUUUAAAUUUAUCAUCUGAUAGUAUUGAUAUUGAAGUACCAAAAAAGAAAAAACGUGGUCGUCGAAGUAAAGCUGAAAUACUUGCUGAACAAAUGCGUCAACAAGCAGCAGCAGCAGCAUCAGGUGUACUUCAAUCACCAACAACUGGUGGUGGUGGUGGUGUAUUGACAUCACCAUCAACUAAUUCAUCACCAUUGUCAUUGACAUCACCAUUGUUGGCUGGUGCUAGUGGUAAUAUACCAAUGAAUUUACAUCCAGCUUUAAGUGGUGUACCAUUAAUGGCUGGUGGUAUGAUGCCUGGUGAUAUUAUUGACAGGCCAAAUGAUGCUCAUUUAUCUGGUCAAAUGAUAACAACACCAGAUGGACAAUUAUUUCAUCCAGAUGGUACUCCAGUUAAGCCAAAACGUCGUGGUAGAGGUAAAGGAAAAAAGACACUAGCAUUAGAAGCUGCACGUGCUGCGGAAUCACAGCCUAAUAGUUUAAUGGGACAUGAUCAUAGUAAUGAAUUAAAACAUGAUGAUAUACCAAAUGUUCUUCCUACACCUGGUAGUAGUACAUCUGGCUCAGCACCAUCAACACCACCAUCAUCAUCAAUAUCAGUUACAACACAAGGUCUAACAUUACCAUCAGCAGCUGCAGCAGCUGCAGCAUCAUCGUCAUUGAUACAAUCAACAAAUCCAUUAUCAAUUUAUCCACAAUUGCCUAGUCAACAGUCUUCCGUUAUAACAAGAAUGUUACAAUCACAACCAGUAUCAACAAAUUCACCACAAUCAUUUACAGCAGCUGCAACAGCAAUGGGACAAAAAUAUUUUGGUAGUCCAAGUGGUGUAUCAAUGAUGUCUGGACCAAGAUUACCAUUUGAUUUAGCAUCACGUGGUAGAAUACCAUCACCAUAUACAUCACGACAACAAACACCAUUACCACCACAUUUUGCUGCUGUUAGAAGUGGUGGACCACCAAUGAGAAUGCGUAUACCUGGACCAGGACAAUUAUAUCAUAAUGUACAUCAUCCAAUGGAUCCAUCACCAUCUGGUGGUGGACAAAUAUCAAUAACAACUAGAGAUAGAAAUUCACCAAUUGGUCCAUCAAUGAUUCCAUCAUCAGCAAGUAGUCCAUUAGCUAAAGGUGGACCACAAUCACCACUACAACAACAACAGCAACAACAACAACAACCACCACCACCACCAUAUGUCAGAGGUGGUCCACCAUUAUCACGUUUUUCUGAUAAUCCACUUGUAUCACGUCAUUCAAUGCCACCAUUUACAAAUACAUCACCAGUUAAUCAUUCACUUCAACAACCAUCACCACCACCAAAUAGACCUGGUAAUUUUUCACCUUAUCAUCCACAACCACCACCAAAUUAUCAUUAUGGUGCUUAUCCACCAAGACCAAUACCACCACCACCUCCUCCUGUUGAUGAUACAACAACAUAUCAGGGUUCACCAUAUUCAACUGAACAUUUUUCAUCACCAUCUGAUAAUUCAUCACAUGGUCCACCAACUGGUCCUUCAACAAUUGUUGUACCACCACCAUCACAACAACAACAACAACAACCACCUCCAUCAUCAGCGCCUCAGCAACAACAACCACAACCACCAUCAUCUCAACAACAGCCACCACCUUCACAACCACCUCCACAACCAGCGCCCCAACAACAACCACCACCAGUUACAUCAAUAUCACCUCAAGUAACACAAUCACUUCCUCAUCCUUCAAAUAUUGUAACACCAUCAGUAACUGUACCAUCAAGUACUGGACAUGGUCCACCAAGACAUGGUAAACAAUAUGAUGAAGAAGGAAGUGGUGAAUUUGGUGGUUUAGUAUCUUACUUUAGCAGUCAAAGAGAAGAUGAUCUUGACUCGUAGCAUGAGUAAGUACCCGGUUAAUAAUCAUUCUCAGAAUAGUACUAAAUUUUAAAACAAAAAAAAAAUUAUUAUUUUUAUUAAUUGAUUGAUUUAUUUUUUUUUCUUUUUGAAAUUUGAUAUAGUAUUUGUAAUAUUUAAGAUUAUUCGUAUUUCAUUAAGUAAUAAUUAAUAAUAACAAUUAUAAAUAAUUCAUUCAAUUGGAUAAUAAGUUGAUAAGCAAAAUUAUAAUAUUAAUUAAUAGCAGGGAUGUUCGCAAUUUCAAUGAUUAAAAUUUAAAAAUUAAAAAUCAAAUUAUGUCGAAAUAAAAACAAUAAAAUAUAUUGGAGUGUAUUCAGUAUGUAAAUAUGUAAAUAUGAUGUCUUUAGAUUUUAUGUUACAUGUAAUAUAGUAUUUAGAGUAUAAAAAAAAUGAAAAAAAAAUACACAUUUAAUGAACAAAAAAAUAUAACUGGUUCGAAAAAAAAAUAUAACAUAAAUUACCAUAAUUCGGUGCAAGCGGGCACAAAUGUAAUAUUAAAAAUAAUUAUUAUAUCGAUAAUAAAUAAAUUAUGACAAUUUUAUUUCGAUUAUAUAAAUAACCACAAAAUGAAAAUAUAAACAAAAAAUAAUGUGAAGAUUUAUUAUAAAUAAUUUAUAAAGAAAAAAAAGAAAAAAAAAGAAAAAAAAAAAAUAAUAAUAAUUCAUAAGUUUAUAUAAGAAUUUAUACUAGAAUUAGAUUGUAUUUUGAAAAUUUUACUAUGAUGAUUACUUUGGUACUUUAUAUGAUAAAAUCAUGAGAAAAUAAAUUAAUGCAUAUAUGAAUUUAUUAAGAGAGGAAGAGAGCAUCAUUCAAAAUAAAAAUUUAUUAUUGUUGCUUAUCGUUAAUAGCAAUGUAAAUUCACGAUAAGCAACAAUAAAAAUAAUGCACAUCGAAAUAAUAAAUAUCUCUAUUUAGUUAUACGAAACAUAUAUGCAUACCUAGUAUAAAGAAAAAAUUUAUACGACAAAUUAAUUAAAUAAAGAUGAUUAAAAAAA